AUGGCAUUCCCAUGUCUUGAUAAGUUGGAGAAGAAGACCCAGGAUCUCUCCAAUUCAUGUAACAUAGAAGAUGACAAUAUCAGCUCAUUAGAUGCCGGUCCAGAACCUUCCUAUUCUUAUGUUCAGACUGGGUUCAAGUUGUACAAGUCAGACAAGCCGAUUUUCCUUGAUAACGGAGGCUAUUUACCCGAGUACGAAGUGGCGUAUGAAACUUGGGGACAAUUGAAUGCAGCCAAAGACAACUUAGUGUUGAUCCAUACUGGCUUAUCAGCAUCUUCGCAUGCCAAAUCACAACCAGACAAUACCAAGCCGGGAUGGUGGGAAGAUUUCAUUGGUUCUGGAAAAUACAUUGACACUGAUAAAUACUUCGUUGUAUGUACCAAUGUGCUUGGAGGUUGUUAUGGAUCAACCGGGCCCUCCCUGAGAGACCCAGCCAAUGGAGAAAUCUAUGCUACAAGAUUCCCCAUCAUAACUGUUAACGAUAUGGUGAGAGCUCAGCGAGAGUUGAUCAGAAAUGUUUUCGAAGUAUCCAAGAUUCAUGCACUGGUAGGUGCGUCUAUGGGUGGCAUGCAAUCGUUAGCAUAUGCGUGGGAAUUCCCUGACGAAGUCAACAAGAUCGUAUCUAUCAGUGGCUGUGCCAGAUCUCAUCCAUACUCUAUUGCAUUAAGACAUACUCAAAGACAGGUAUUGAUGAGCGAUCCUAAUUGGAAGAGAGGAUUCUACUACGGAGGUGUGCCUCCUCAUGUAGGGAUGAAGUUGGCCAGAGAAAUCGCUACCGUCACCUACCGUUCUGGACCUGAAUGGGAGUACAGAUUCGGCAGAAACAGAGCUGAUGACUCUCGUCCUCCAGCAUUGUGUCCGGAUUUCCUCGUCGAAACGUAUUUGGACCAUGCUGGCGAGAAGUUUUGUUUGGAAUACGAUGCCAACUCACUUUUGUAUGUGUCGAAAGCUAUGGACUUGUUUGACUUGAGCUCUUCCAACCGUUCUAAAGCUCUUCAAAAGAGAACUGCUACUGAACAAAGUUGGAAUUCGCAGAACAAUAUCUCCGAAUCUCACUCGGUUCCUCCAGAGCCAUAUAAGGAGAAGGUGGGUUCAGCAACUGUGACUCCUGAGGAGUCUUUAGAAGAUUUGAGAAACGGAAUCAGCAAGAUCUCGCACAAAGAUGUGCUAGUCAUUGGUGUUGAGUCAGAUAUCUUGUUUCCAGUGUGGCAACAGCGAGAAAUUGCCGAUGUCUUAAUGCAAAACAAUACUACUGGGGAUAUCCGGUACUUUGAGUUGGGCACCAACAUCAGUAACUACGGCCACGACACUUUCUUGUUGAGCUUGGACCAUAUUGGACCGCCAGUUCGCGAUUUCUUGGGUUAG